GUAGCCUGCGCGUGAGCAUCUGCGAGAGAAGCACGGACGUGUGUAUACUGUGUUCAAAAUUGCUGUGAGUACUGAAAAUCUAUACGUGUACGUAACGGAAACUAUAGAUUUUCAGUACUGACAGCAAUUUUGAAACACAGCCUAAACCGUCACGAGUCCGUCGAUCAGUGGACUUUUCUGGCCACAACCACAACUACAAAGAAAAGUGAAAAACUUCGAGUGUGCGUGAACACGUUGUGUCAUUUUCCGGUGCUUUUUUUUACAACAUUUUAACAUGGAAGAUAGACCGCAACACAGACGUACUUGGCGUCGUGCUGCUCGUAUUGAAGCAGUCAGGCGAUUGAAUCUUCAACGUAUCUCAGAAAGAGCUGCACAAAUAGAAAUUGCUAAUAAUAACACGAAUCUCGCAGGCAAUGGCAUGCCGCAGGCAGAAUACCCCAAUAAUUAUGUCGAUAAGAGUAAUGACAUUGAAGAAGAAAAUUUCGAUCUGCACGAUGCAUUGGUGGAUCACAACAUUGAUUUUGAAGAAAAUGACGAGUCAAGUGAUGACAAUGAGUAUAGUGAGAAUCCAGACAUUAUAGUAGAAGAUGAGGAAAAUAUGUGGAUCAAUCAAAUUAAUCUUGAAAACGAUCUCAUUGUAAAUGAUAGACGAAUUAGUGCGUAUUUGUUGAGGAGUCUUAAGAUAUGGGGAAUAGGACAUGUAAGGGGACAGAAAAUUAAUGAGUUAUUACAAAUCCUAAGCGUUGUCUUCCCAGAACUUCCAAAGGACUACAGAUCUCUUCUAAGUACUCCUCGAAGCAUACCUGUGAAAAAUAUUGGAAAUGGACAAUUGUGGUACAAGGGUAUCAGAUCCAAUAUUCGAUCAAAAUUGUCAAAGGAAUAUUUUGCUGCUAAUCAAGAAAUUGUGAUGGAUGUCAAUAUUGAUGGAAUGAAACCCUUUCCGCAGAGUCAUUCUCAAAAAGAAUUUUGGCCUAUUUUGGGGAAUUUUGCCAAUCAGGAUGCACCAUUUAUUAUAGCAGUAUUUUAUGGUGACGGCAAACCUAAUAACUUGAAUCUAUUUCUGGAAGAAUAUGUUGCAGAAGUGUCUGAUCUUCAAGAAAAUGGUUUUGAAUUUAAUGAGACUAUUUAUCCGUUUAGAGUAAGAAAUUAUGUUCUGGACGCCCCUGCUCGAGCUUUCGUCAAAUACUGCAUCGGGCAUGGUGGAACUUUUGCCUGUGAAAAGUGUUGCGUCAGAGGUUGCAGGUAUAGAAGUCGCGAAAUUUUUAUUGAUAUGAAUGCCAAUCUUAGAUCUGACGAAUCAUAUAAUGUCAGAGAAAACCCUGAACAUCACACUGGUGUGUCACCAUUAGAAAGGAUUGGAACUGGAAUGGUCUCCCAAUUACGAUACGUACGAUAUGAUACGUUGGCGAAGGAAAAUAUUCCUGCAACGGUAUUCAAUGAAUCACAAAAGAAGCAAUUUAAAGCAACUUGUAUCAAAUUGAUAAGUGAUAAUAAAUUCAGUCCAACGAAAAACCUUGGUGAAGCAUCUUCUUUAUAUAAAAUUGUCGUAGAUGAUGAUAAGUAUUCAUCAGAUUCAGUCGCAUCAACAGAACAGAAUACUCCGUUUUAUACCCAACAGAAUACAUUUUUGGAUAAAUCAAAGGAGAAAAUUUCAAGAAAUUUCAUGUCGUUACAGAACACCAAUUCAUCCGAAUCAGUAUAUUCGGGAUCCAGUGUCGAAAUGGUGAAAAUGGAAUUACUCCAUGAAUUGAACAGUAAGCUGGAUUUUAUCAUGAUUCAAAAUCAGCGACUCAUGAAGAAGCUAUAUCCGGAAGAAAUUGCGCUCAAGAGACCUAAUAAUGUUCCAUCUCUCCCACUCCAAUCUGAGGAUGAUUUCGAAAAUUUCGAAAAAUUCUUGCAAAGUGAAAUUAAUUUCAUCAGCACAGUGGAUUUUUUUCCAUGCGCUUGUUCUUGAUUGUGUGAUGGAGGGAAAGGCAACAGGAAAAUUAAUGAGACGAUGUAUAUCGAACCGUCUCUCCAGAAUGAUGAGUUGGAGUGGGACCAACAAAACAAAACUUAACUUCCAGAAAUCAAAAUUAAAAGAAGUAAUAUUUUGUUCACUUCUCAAGUUGUAUCCUGGUAGUAAACUCUUAGAAGCCGAGGCUACUAUGAAAAGAUGGUUAAACACGAGUGCACAGCGCUUGG